AUGACAACCAAAAACAAUUCUACUACUACUUUCCAUCAACUAUGCUCCAGCUACCUCGAGGAUUACUUUGCAAAAAAUCCUCUCACGAAGGCUUUCGAGCUGGAAGACUUCACCGCGCCAGAGGAUGGCUUAUUGACGAGCAUCCUCAAGCCUGGCACCGGGAUACCAAAAAACCCCUUCGUAAAGAAAAAGACUAAACCUUCACUUUUGUUGCAUGGCCUUCAGAAUACUAAUUGCAAGAAUUCCGAGGUCUACAAAUUCAUUGACGAUACCAAGGACGUUUGCAGUGGAUUGUACGGCACUUCCGGAGCGGGCAAGACCCGCUCUAUCUACGAAUACCUUAGUCACAGCUUUGGUUUGUACUUUGUUGCCAACACAACCUAUGAUCCGGGGUCGAAGGAUCUUUCUAUGCUGAUCGAAGCGUAUGACGGUCAUCGCACCAAAAACCAUUUCUUGAGUGAAAUUGGAUAUUCUUCCUCUUUCGACGACGAAGACUCAUCGACAGAUGUUGUGGCAGCCAGGAAGCAGAAGCUGAAAGUGGUUCGGAGUCAAAACAACUAUAAGGAACUGGAUCGACAUAUUCAGGUGAUGAUCUCUGUUCGAAGUCUCGUUUUCAUGGCGGUCAAAACAGAGCUGGAAAAAGAAUAG